CUCUCCUAAACUCUGUUACCCAAUCAUACUCUCCCAGCGCUGGACAAUCGUACUGGAUUUGGCUUAGUAGCUUGUGGAAAAUGAUAAUGAACUACUAAACCCUUCAACAACCAUUUCAAUAUCUCGCACAACGCGACUGUUCAUGUUGCUGCUCUGAAAGUCAUUUAACGCCUGCAAUUGAAUGUCACAAGCGACGUAUUGCACAACAUUCCAACACCAAACUUUCCUUACCGGGGGAAUCCGGUCUAUUGUUUUGAUUACUUUUUUUUCUACUAUUCUGCACAUUUAGUGGUAAACAGCAGUUUCGUAUUGUUUUGUAACAGUUCUACGCCGAAACGAGCAAAAGCGCACAAGCAUGUUGCUAAGGAGAUUAAUAUCAGCUUCGAUCCGAAACGUUCGCCAUCUAGCGUAUGUACAGGGUCAAUCACCGGCGCCAAAAAUACGUGAAUAUUUCUACUACAUCGACCACGAAGGAAUGCUCUUUCUAGAUGAUGCGAGGAUAAAAAAUUUCACCUCCUGCUUCAAGGAGAAACAAUUCCUGGAGUUUUUCUUCAAACGGUUGAAGCUCAACGACACGGAUCGUUAUCAGGACGAGUUUCCGUUUCUGUCGGUCUGCGGCCGGGAGAGAAACUUUAUUCGCUGUGAUGAUUUGCCGAUCGUGUUUACACACAUCAUUCAACAUGAUAACGAGGAUCGGAUCGCGUACGCUCAUGCCAGCGACAAGAUGAGUGUACCGUGGCAGCCGGAUCGUAUCUGCAUGUUUCCGGACACUGGACGGGUGUACCAUCCGGCCCCGGAACGGUACGGGUCGAUUGGGUUGAUCCGUUCCAAGCUUGCGAUCGAGCUAAGCUCUUCCUUUACAUUCCAAAACGGGGAAGAUCGACCGCCGACACGCUUUCGGUGGAAGGAGAAAGACUACCAGCUCGACCAGGACUGGUGGAAGGAGACGUACAUAGGGAAGCGAGCGCAAGGAGAUUGUUAACAGCGACACCGAAAUGUGAUACAACCGGUUUAUAAAAUUAUCUUCCCUA